CGGAGCCAGUCAGAGGGACAGGACAGAGCCUGCUGCUGGUGGCAGCAGCACAGGGCAGGGGGGGGGGGACGGAGCUGGCUAGUCCAGGCCGGGAGUCCCGUGCCCAAGCUCUCACCCUCCUGACAUGGGCACCCUCUUCCUGCUGCUCAGUGUGUUCCCACUGACGUACACCUCCGUCCUUCCACCACUCGACCCUGAUGGAGCCAACGUCUGUCGUUCAGCAAGUGCUGAUCUACCGCUGGGCUGUUGUGCGGGAUGGAGACAGCAGGGGAACUCCUGCAGCAUCGCGGUGUGUGCCGGAGCGGGGAGCUGCCGGACGGGAGAGAUGUGUGUCCGUCCCGGCGUGUGUCGAUGUCCACACGGAUACUUCGGAGCCAACUGCGUAACCCGCUGCCCGGACCAGUUCUGGGGUCCGGACUGCCGUGAGUCGUGCCCGUGUCACCCCCACGGCAGAUGUGACGCCACGUCGGGAAGGUGCACCUGUAACCCGGACCGCUGGGGCCCGGGCUGCGGCCGCAGGUGUGGGUGUGUGCGGGGCCGCUGCGACGCGAGGAAUGGGCAGUGCCGCUGCGAGACGGGCUGGUGGGGUGCCAACUGCUCCAGGCCCUGUCACUGCCACCCGGCCAACUCGCUGUGCGACCCGCGGACCGGCCACUGCAACUGCUCCUCUGGUUACUGGGGCAAGAGGUGCAACAUCCCCUGUUACUGUGGCCCCUCGCCCUGCACACAGCCCAUUGGCGAGUGCCAAUGUGGCCAGGGCUGGUGGGGCGCCCUGUGUGACCAGCGGUGCCUCUGCCACCAUGGACAGUGCCACCCUAGCACCGGCCUCUGCACCUGUCUCCUUGGCUACCAGGGCCGCCUUUGCAGCGAGACAUGCGUCGCCGGCCUCUACGGCCAAGACUGCAGGAACAGGUGUGGCCACUGUAAGGAAGGUUAUCCCUGCUCACCUGUCAACGGGUCCUGCAUUCUGUGUGAGGGGGGCUGGAAGGGAGAUCGCUGCGACCAGCUCUGCGCCGCUGGGUCGUAUGGAAGCCGCUGCACCCUACAAUGCCCCGUGUGCGGGAACGGGGCACCCUGUCACCCCCGCACCGGUCACUGUGACUCCUGUAACCCGGGCUGGACCGGUCCCAGAUGUGACACCCCCUGCGUGCCUGGGACAUAUGGGACAGGCUGCCGAUCGCACUGCGCAGAUUGCUACCAUGGAACAUGCCAUCAUGUGACGGGGGAGUGUGUCUGCGACGUGGGAUAUACUGGGGACAGUUGUAAUUCCAGCUGCCCGGCGGGAACCCACGGGGUGAACUGCUCGACGGCGUGCGGCUGUCUGGGAACUUCGUGCCACCAAGUCACCGGACGCUGCCAUCUCAGUAAGGCUGGGGUGGUGACUGCUGCCGUGCUGCUCCCUCUACUCCUGCUCCUCCUCCUCCUCUGUGCCCUCUGCUGCUGCUGUGGACGUAACUCGGACGACCCCACUGGCAGGGCUGUGGAUGAAGAUCGGGCACCGCUGGCCAGGAUGAAGCACCACGUGCGUGGGGUGCUGGCGAACCUGGGCACCGCCGCCCCCUGCCUCUCCCUCGGCAACCAGAAGCUGCCCAAAAUCACAGUCCUGCACCACGAUGCCGACGUCAGCUUCAACUGCAGCUUCAUCGACUCCCCGUCCGCCGCCUGGGACUCCGCGUCCUUCUCCUCCUUCGAGACGGAUGACGAUGGGCCCGUCUACUGUACCCCUCCGAUGGAAGACGGAGUCCCCCGCCCGGCAGGCGGCGGCUUCCAGGAGAUGAGCUCCCGCUGUAACUACCUGCCCGCGGACGGCUGGGACCCGACGCCCAUCCCACGCACCUCCAGCAUCGCCAAAGCCAAGCGGCCGUCCGUCUCCUUCGCCGAAGGCACCAGGUUCACCCCGGGGCAGCGCCGGACGUCGGUGGCGCCCAACGGGGAGGAGCCGGCAGCGCAGCCCCCGAGGAAGAGGAAACUGUCGUGGAGACUGAGCCGGCUGCUCCCCGCUGCGGAGAUCCCCUCUCCCCGGGACCCCCCCUCUCCCCGGAAUCCCUCGCCCCAGGAGAACAUCUACUCUCUGGACCCCUCCACCUCCAGGGACCCCUGCUCUCCCCAGGACCCUUCUAGUCCGGACCCCUCCUCUCCCCGAGACCCCUCCUCCUCCUCCAGUGUCCCCUCUCCCUCUGCCAGCGCCGGGAGGGUGAGGCAGGGCGCGGUUGCUGCCACCCCGGGUGGGUGCGGGGGUUCCGCCAGAGGCUGGUCGCGGGUCCCGGUCGACGGUGUGGUGACCGGGACGGUGCAGGCAAUGUUGAAGCGCUUCGGCAGCUUCCAGCGGCAGCGCGGCAGCCCCAGACUGGAGCGGGGCAACCGGACCCCGGGCUCUCCCUCCCCCCCGGGCGCCCCCUCCUCGCCCUCCGGCACCCUCAGCAAGAAGCCUCUCAUCCCCACCACCCCCGUGCUCCGCAAGCUGGUGGCCACCGUGGCGGAGGGAGGGGCCGGGCUGGGGGCGGUGGGUGCAGGCGGAGGGGGUGGGAGCCCGGCCCCCGGGGGGUCACAGCCGAGGGGGGACGCACCCCAAAACCCACCCCACCCCAACCCCACCUAA